AGCGUUCAAAAUAAAUCUUCAUUUAUAUUUAGUGUUUAUCGCAAUAUGUAAACAUUAAAAUAUAAUUCUAACAAUUUCACAUAAACUUAUGACAUAUUUUCACCACAAAGUCAAGAAAUAAGUCCAGUGUAAAUAUCGGUGGCAAAAUCAAACGUCAAAUCAGUGUGGACGGUGAGCGCACCGGUGGGAAUUAGCCAUGCUGCCUUCAUCGGCGAAACAGCGGUUAGUGCAGUGGUUGGAAGACCACCGCGAGCUAGUGGUGUUGGUGUUCUGCCUGCCAGCCAGCUUCCUGUUCAGCGUGCUGCUGCAGAUCAAGGCUUACAUACGAGCUCUCACUAGCGACCCUAGUCGACAUGACGCAGCCGUUCGGAAGAUACAAGCGCAAGUGCAACAAUGGAACAAACAGCCGUCCUCCCAGCGUCGUCUACUGUGCACUUCGCGCCCCAACUGGCAGUCGCUGUCCACCACCUUCUUCCAGAAGCACCUGCACCACCGCGUGCCCAUCCCUCUACACGACAUCCUACACCUGGACGAGACCAAUAUGACCGUGCGAGUCGAGCCCAUGGUCACCAUCGGGGAGAUUACAGAAUAUCUCAUACCGAAGGGCUACUCGCUCGCUGUAACUAUCGAGCUGGUUGAUGCGACUUUGGGAGGUCUCGCGUUCGGCACGGGCAUGUCAACGCACUCGCACAAAGCGGGCCUCUACCACGAAACCAUCACGAGCUAUGAAGUAGUGCUAGGAGAUGGGUCCUUAGUAACGGCCACCGCCAACAACGAGUAUUCAGACCUGUACAAAACGCUUCCUUGGUGCCACGGCAGCCUCGGUUUCCUAGUGGCGUUGACCCUCAAAAUUGUGAAAAUUAAGCCGUACAUCAAAAUCAAAUACAUUCCUGUGCGGGGACAGAAGAACUACUGCAACAUGAUCAGGGAGUUGUCCGGGGCGAAUGAGGCGUCGCCUAAAUACCACCCUGAUUAUAUUGAGGGCACGAUUUAUAGUAAAGACGAAGCAGUCAUCAUGGUCGGCGAGUACUCGGACUACGACAGCAGUAUUGCAGUCAACCACUGCUCCAAGUGGCACAAACCCUGGUUCUACAAGCACGUGGAAACUUUCCUGAAGAAAGGAGAAGGGGUCGAACUCAUCCCGUUGCGAGACUAUUUACUAAGACACAAUCGCGCCAUAUUUUGGGUUGUGGAAGACAUGCUGUCGUUUGGGAACAAUCCAUUGUUCAGACUAUUCUUCGGCUGGCUUCUCCCACCGAAACCGGCCUUCUUAAAGUUCACAACCACGCCCGGAGUCAGAGCUUACACGUUCACGAAACAAGUGUUCCAAGACAUAGUGCUGCCGAUACAAGAGCUAGAGAAACAAAUCGAAAUAGCCAGCGUGCUAUUCGAAAAGUUCCCGUUGCUGGUGUAUCCGUGUAAAAUUAUAGAUCACGGACCAUGUUCGGGGCAAUUGAAGCGGCCGAAUUCGAAGUACUCAGUGCCGGGUACCAACUACGCGAUGUACAACGAUCUGGGUGUUUACGGCGUGCCCGGGAGAGUUAAGGAAGGGAAACCUUACAAUCCAGUGGAUGCCAUGAGGAAGAUGGAGAGAUUCACGAGGGAAGUGGGAGGAUAUUCGUUUUUGUACGCGGACAUAUUUAUGACGAGGGAUGAGUUCGAGGAAAUGUUCGAUCUGUCCUUGUAUGAAGUUGUACGGAAAAAGUACAAAGCUGAUGGAGCGUUCCCGCAUUUAUACGAUAAGGUGAAGCCUGAAAUCGACGUGUUUGCUAUCGGGGAGGAGAAUGCUAUUCCAGAAAAUUAAACUGUCAUAGUGCUCUAUUGUAAUUUAAUUAAAUCGCUAGUAUAAAACAAAUAGGAAUUUCAAUCAAUUUAUCGAACAAUGGACGAAAUGACAUGAUCCACCACACAGCCAAUGAAGAUCAUUAGGUGCUAACGACUCUAACGACUGCAGUUAGAUGCAGUGGGCAAGAACUAUUUAAGAGCCCUUUCACAUUAUUUGCGAAAAAUUGUAAUUUUUGAGCGCCUUAUUUCCCCCCUUCGAAAAGAUUUUGACUAUUUCUAAUAGAAGUUAACAAUAGAAUUUUUCUUCUUAUUGUAAAUUAAUGUAGAAUAUUUGCAAAUACUAUUUUCCUUUUUUAGUAAUGAUCGUUCUACUGCAGCUAGUUUACGGAAAAAACGAUAAUAUCCACAACUUCAAACGCCUGAAUCUCUCAAAAAGGUUCAAUAAAUUAGAUCAAAUUAAUUACUACGACAUCAGAAAUAUGUUUUUGUUGUAACAUAAUCUAUUAGAAUUUUGAUUUUCUAUCUCAAUAAUUAUCAAAAAAAAAAAUCUAACCUCCGCGAGUUUUCCCAUAAAAUAAUGCAGGUUUACCUCAUAUUUUCAUAUUGAAUUAAAUAGAAUUACUAUCAAAAAUAUUUCUAUAACUAAUUUACCAUCAUUGAACUACUGCAAUAUGUAUAUAUUUUUAUAAUUAGUUCAAUAAUAAUUAUUUUAUAAGACUCUAAACAUCACCCGUAAAAUGCAAUAUAUACUAGUGCAAAUCUACCUACGCGCCUAUUAGUACGGCAGUGGUGCAAUUUUGUAAAAGGGCUCUUAAGAUGCUGUCAUGCAUGCAUGUCCGAAGCAUCAAAAUAAUAUUUUUAGUAACCGAUUAGAUCAUGAUUUCGCCUGUAUUUAGAAUGAUAUCAUUGUGAAAAUAAUAGAAGUUUAAUCUGUAUUGACUGCCAAUAAAUGAUAUUAUUAUUAAUUAGGUUAAUUAACUAUAAUGUUAAGAGACGACGCUGUUGCUGCUUUGCAGAAUAAGAAAUAGUUGAAGACAUUUGGCACAUCCGCUAUGGUCAAUGUAACUUAGUGGUCAAUGCAUUUGCAGAUAGCAAAAGGGGUGUUAUGCAACGAUUUAUAAAUAAUACGAAAUACGAAUGCGCAUUUUAUAGUGCAUUGCGCACAUGUUCCACGCAAACUGGGAUCUAACGGGCGGGGAAAAGAAACUGCGAUCAACACGCCGAUCAUGUGAUUGGUUGGAAUUUCCAUUUGACCUUAUCUUACCCAACGAAUGAAAAGCCUAAUUCAUUUGCAGAUACAUAUUUGAUUUAUCAAACUAUUUUGAUUCAAUUGUGUUCGUGUCGCGUUAAUAUCGAACUUUAGUUGUACAAGUUUGGAAUCAUGGUUCAGCGGCUUUUGUUACAGUGUAAUGCUUCCAUAUCAUUUCUAAUUCGUUGGUUAUAGGUCUGUGUGAAACAACCUAAAUUGAUUUCUUAUAAAAUUUCGUUUUUCUUUUAUAGACUUUAAAAUUAUAUAAUGUGUAAUAGAACAACGUUUUUAAAUACCUUAUACACACCACGUGCGUUAAAAAUGUGUCCCAAUCAAAAAGUGCUUGAAGGUCACUCAAGCAUUUCUUGGUUCACAGACACGCGCGGGCCGUUUAAAAGUCAAGUUACCUAAGAGCUCCGAGAAAUAUUGCGAAAAAAAUAAUUAUGGUAUGUAAAUUGUCGUUUUUUCGACAGGUAUCUAAUCAAUGUUUGUCAAUUUAACGUAUUUGAAGCAAAUUUUGUUGUAAUACCUACUAUAAACUGAUUUAAUAGAAAAUAUUUGUAAUAUUCAAUUGCAUAGUCGGUAAUAUAGCCGUCUCUUUUCCUCGCGGUGCGUACCUGCUAUAUUGCUAUAAGCGCAUUCAGAAUUGCGCGUAGAGUCUAAGAAAUAAGGUCUAUAUUCUUCCACAUAUACAAUAAGUCGUAAAAUUUUACGAGCUUGCAUUUCGAACUGUCAUAACUCUUUAACGCAUGCGUUUAAAUUAAGACCUUAUACAGUAUGCAUUAAAGGUGACUUUUAAUUUUUAAAUAAUGCUUUAUAUUGUUUCUGACAAGGCGAUCAUCUUACGGAGCUCCGUUCAAUAUACCUUUUGGACAGGUUUCGGGCAAGAUUUUGUUCGUGUUGGUGUAUCUAGGUAUUAAAUAUCGUUGGUAAUUGAAGCUUACCUUCAAGUUGGAUAUGUGCCGGAACACGAAGGGGUUAUUAAUGGCAAUUUGUCUUCUGAUUCGGUCGUUCAUAGCGUUGACGUAGGUCUGGUAUACCGCCAUGCACUU